AUGAGUACAGGCCACCAGAAUGCGAAGUAUGCUAUGGACCAAUUCGCUUACGACAAGAAGGCGGGACGUAUAUACAUCAUCUUUGCCUGGAAUGACUGGGACGUGGAGCCCCCUAAGAAGCUCGCCUUGCACCAGCUAAUGCUGGCCGCUUGA